GUAGCUCCUAGACCUUCACCACACGGCAGCAGUAGCACCAGCAGCACCAGCAGCAUCAGGAAUUUCCAGCUUAGAUUUAUUUCACCCAGCCACAUGCCUGCUGUUAUACCGGCUUUCCUGUGACCAGGAGUUAGGGCAAGGAGUCUGUUCGUAGCCUUCGCGUGCCUUAGUUUUUUUUUCCCGCAGAAAGCGAGUCUGCGAGGCUCUGAGUCUGCUUGUGGUUUCCCUUCGUCCUUCCGGCUGAAUCUGCGACGUGAAUACUCGAUUUCCAUUGCUGCGGUUCUUCGUUCUCCCAUUAAUACCUUCCUGCUAGAUUAAGCGCGUCACGAUGUUCGGAGGAGGGUUCAAAGGCUCGAAGCUGAAGACCCAGCUUCAGCUAUCGGCGUCGCGAAUCACGGUGAUGCGCAACAAGCGGCAGAACGAGCUCAAGUACAAGCGGCGAGAGGUGGCGAUGAUGCUCAAGGGCGGGCAGGAGGCUCGAGCUCGCAUCAGGGUGGAGGAGCUUAUAAGGGAGGAGAACACCAUUGCAGCCUAUGACGUUUUGGAGCUCUUCUGCGAGCUGCUGGUCGCCCGCAUCCUCAUUAUAGAGUCGCAGAAGACAUGCCCAGUGGACCUGCGGGAGUCUGUCUCGAGCAUUAUUUUUGCUGCCCACCGCUGCUCCGACCUGCCGGAGCUCGCCGAGGCGAAGAAACUUUUCCAGCAGAAGUUUGGGCGGGAAUUCGUGAUGGCAGCAGAGGAGCUGCGGCCCGAGUGUGGAGUCAACCGCAUUAUCGUGGCUAAGCUGUCAGUCCGAGCCCCCUCGCCUGAGUCGAAGCUGGAGGCGCUGCAGAAAUUGGCAGAAGAGAACGGGGUGGAGUGGGACCCGGCCAGCAUGCAGAAAGACCUGCUGGCGAAAUAUGAGGAUAUGAUGGACCCCCAAUCCAACCAGCCAAUUUACACUUCCUCCAUCCCAGCCGCCCCAAGAACCCCCCCUCCCCACGACUCCGCACCCAACAUGUUUGGCCCCGGGCAGCCCUACAAUCCUGGGCAGCCCGCAAAUGUUCCGGCGGGCAGCCAGCCGUACGAAUCCGGCCGUCCAUCUGCCCCCCCUCGCACGGAUUCCCUGAUAACAGCAGAUGAGUAUGAGAAGAGGUGGGUGGGAGGAGGGGCAGGCGGGCAGGGUCAACCAAACAACCCCCCUCACCCCGCUUCUGCUGCUGCUGCCGCUGCUGCUGCUGGUGCUGGUGCUGGCACUGGUGGUGGUGGUGGUGGUGGUGGUUAUGGUGCUGGUGGGGGGUCUGCUGGUUACGCUGGCGUUGGUGGUAACCCCUUGGACUAUCCAGCAGCAGCCGUGCCAAAGUAUGGAGAGGGGAAGGUUUUUAAGAAGGAUGCCAUGGAUUAUGCUCCGAGCCGCUAUGGUGGAGGGGGCGGAGGGGGAGGAGGAGGUGUUACCAACCAAAAUCUGAAUAAUAAUAAUCCCAGUGCACCUGGUAACAACGAGCCCAGUGGGGCGUUUUCAACGGAAGAGAUUCGCCAAGCCGAGAACGAGGUUGCUCGGGAGUUUGAUCGUGUGGCUGAGGAGAGAGAGCGCCAGAUGGCGGCCAUCCGUGAGUCAUCGGAGCGUGCCAGGCUGGCGGCGCAGCGGGCGGCAGAUGCCGCCCGGAUGGCGGUCGGGGGAGGGGGGAUCGGUGCUUGUUAUGGUUCGGGGGCGGGAGGCGGGGGAAUGAUGGGGGGAGCGGGAGGUAUGGCAGUGAACGCACGUUAUGGGCCUAGUGCCUAUGGCGGCCUGUCAGGUGGACCUUCAGGUGGUUCUGUUGCUCCAGGUGGGGGAGGGGGUGGUCAGGAGGAUGGGGUGGAGAGCCUAGACCUGCCAGCUCCCCCUCAAGGCAUCAUAGGGGGAGGAAGAGGAGGGGGAGCUGGAGGAGGGGGAGGAGGGGGAGGAGGAGAAGGAGGAGGGGGGUUUGUAGGGGCGAGUGCGUUUGAUGAUUUUGUGGCUAAGUCUCCACGAGCAGGGGAGACAGGUAGUGGAUACGGGGGAAUAGGAGGAGCAGGAGGGGGAGGAGCAGGAGGGGGGGGGACUGGAGGGGUAGGAACGGGAUAUGGAGGGGAAGCGGCACCAACUCAUGGCACUCCAGCACACGCUUUUGAUGACUUCGUUGCUCGAUCCCCCAGAGGUAGUAGUGGUAGCAAUGGGACUGGCACUGGUGCUGGCAGCGGUGCAUUUGACGCCCCCUCCGUCCCAGGUUCGGGCCGCACCCACUCCUCUGACUCAGGCUCGGCGUUCCCCUCCGUGCCGAACCCAGGCUCGGAAUUCCCCUCGGUGCCUGGCUCAGGUGGCUACAGCUCCGGCGCUGGCUCGGGCUAUGGCGCAGGCUCAGGGCCUGGUUUGGCAACAGCAGGCUCGGGGAUGCCGAGUGGUCCGGGGACAGCUGGAUUGUCGGGAGAUGUUAUGUCUCUGCCGGGCAUUGAUGACCUGGCGGCUAGGUUUGACCGGCUGCGGAAGAGAACGACUGCAUCGGAUGACAUGUGAUGGCAGGGAGGGGGUGUGCAGGCAUACCAGGGGUGGGUGUGAUGUCGCUACUAGGGGUAUUGAUAGCCUGGCAGCUAGGCUUGACCGGCUGCGGAAGAGAACGACUGCAUCGGAUGACAUGUGAUGGCAGGGAGGGAGGGAGCCUCGGAAUGGGAGGGAGCUUGUGAAUGAGAGGGGUUAUGUGGCUGUGAUGUCGCCGCCAAGGGUAUUGAUGGCCUGGCGGCUAGGUUUGACUGGCUGAGGAAGCGAACAACUGUUUUGGACGACCUUUGAGUGUGUGGGGUUGAGUGCAUUCAAUGGGCUGGGAUUGGCAUGGGAUGACCUGGCUGCUAGGCAUGAUCGCCUGAGAAAGAGAACCACUGUGUCAAAUGGGGAAGGCGCGCGCGUUACCUGUGUGGCUUGGGGUAUUUGCUGGUCGGCCGGUAGGUUCUGUUAUCCAGACACGAAGUAACGUUUUUUGUCAACCAGCUCAGUUGGGUUUGAGUUGGGUAGGGUGCAGUCCAGUGUGGAUAAUAUUGCUAUCGCAGUGCACCCCACUAAAAUUGAAACCAUAGAUGGCUGAUACCAUGUCAUGUGGAGCGGGUUACAAGGAGGUUCGAGGCGCAUCA